CCCUGUGCUGGUUUAGUUCUGUGACAUUUGAACUCGUCUCUCCGAGGUCGUCUUCUCUGUAAAACAUUGCGCAGAGUAACCGAGUCAGCGACUCAGCCGAACCCAUCCUGGCUCUUCUUUACCCGCACAACCACCCCAAGCUCACUCACCUCCUGCUAAGAUGCGCCGCCCAGCUUUCCAUGCGCCACCUCUACCAAAUCCAAGCCCAAGCGACCAUCAACCCAGUACCCUCCAUCGACCCAAACAUCAUUGCCGUCAAGCUCAUCGGCGUCUGCGCCGACCACGCCAACAUACGCCAAGUGGCGCUCGUAUUCAACCACUUCCUCACAGCCCCAAACAUCUUCGUCUACAAUGCCCUUCUCAAAGCCUUUGCUCAAAACAAUGACUGGCAGCACACCAUAUAUUACUUCAAUCGGCAACUGGGUUCGCCAAAUGCUCCGGCCCCAGAUGAGUACACGUUCACUUCUGUGUUCAAGGCCUGCGCUGGCCUUGUCCAAGUGACGGAGGGAGAGAAAGUUCACUGCUUUGUCGCUAAAUACGGGUGUGAGGGUAAUUUAUUUGUCAGAAAUUCGCUUACUGAUAUGUAUUUCAAGGUGGGUAAUUUCGGGAUUGCCCAGAAGCUGUUUGAUGAAAUGGGUGUGAGGGAUGUUGUUUCAUGGAACACUUUGGUUUCGGGGUAUUGCUUGAGCGGGCAGGUUGAUAAGGCCAGGGGGGUGUUUGAUGGGAUGGCAGAGAAGAAUUUGUUUUCUUGGUCGACUAUGAUAACUGCGUAUGCGAAGUUCGGGGAGUUGGGGGAAGCUCGCCGUCUUUUCGAUGAGAUGCCGGAGAGGAAUGUGGUUUCAUGGAAUGCGAUGAUUGCCGGGUAUGCGCAGAAUGAGAAGUAUGCUGAGGCCGUUGGUUUGUUUAGGCAAAUGCAACAGUAUGGAUUGGCGCCAAAUGAUGUCACGCUUGUUAGUGUGUUGUCUGCUUGCGCUCAUCUUGGCGCACUUGACUUGGGGAAGUGGAUUGAUAGGUUUAUAAGACAGCGUGGGAUGGAGUUGGGUUUGUUUUUGGGGAAUGCAUUGGCAGAUAUGUAUGCCAAGUGUGGCUGCAUAGCUGAGGCUAAGCUGGUUUUUGGAAAGAUGCAUCAGAGGGAUGUGAUAUCUUGGAGCAUUAUCAUUACUGGGUUGGCCAUGAACGGCCAUGCUGAUGAAGCUUUCGGGUGUUUCAACAAAAUGAUUGAGCAUGAGGUGAAGCCAAAUGACAUUACUUUCAUGGGGUUAUUGACAGCGUGCACUCAUGUUGGCUUGGUCGACAAGGGGCUUGAGUAUUUCGAUAUGAUGGACAAAAGAUAUGGGAUCUUCCCCAAGGUUGAGCAUUAUGGUUGUGUGGUUGAUCUUCUCAGCCGCGCCGUCCGCCUUGUUGAAGCAGAAGAUUUGAUCAACUCCGUGCCUGUGAAGCCCAAUGUUAUAGUCUGGGGUGCAUUGCUUGGUGGUUGUCGGAUUUGUAAAGACACUGAGAGAGGCGAACGUGUUGUGCAGCACAUUCUCGAGCUAGAUUCCGAUCAUUCUGGAAGCUAUGUCUAUCUUGCCAAUGUAUAUACUUCAAUGGGUAGGCUGGAUGAUGCAGCAAACUGUAGGCUGAGGAUGCGAGACAAAGGCGUAACGAAACCACCGGGCUGUAGUUGGAUAGAGGUGGAUAACAUAGUCCAUGAGUUCUUCAUGGGAGACCUGUCCCAUCCUCAGCUGGACAAGAUAUACUGGAUGAUUAGAGAACUAAGGAGGAAAAUGAAGCUAGCUGGGUACAAACCGAAGACCGAUCUGGUCCUCCAUAAUAUUGAUGAAGAAGAGAAAGAGGAUGCUCUGUCGGUUCAUAGUGAGAAGCUGGCCAUUGCAUUUGGCCUUAUCAGUACUAGUCCAGGAACCACCAUCCGAAUUGUGAAGAAUUUGAGGGUUUGCAAUGACUGCCAUGAUGCAACGAAAAUAAUCUCCAAAAUCGUUGAGCGAGAGAUUAUCGUGCGAGACCGCAGUCGCUUCCAUCAUUUCAAAGAUGGGCAGUGUUCUUGCAAUGACUACUGGUAACAAGUACUAAGUAGGAACUAUUGUAGCAAGGACAAAUUCUGUAGAGUAGGGGAUGCAGCAACAGAUGUUUGUUCAAUCUAUUUGGAUGACCAACGAUGAGAUUUUGUUCUUAUUUAAUUUACACCAUUUUAAAUCAUGCGAGAAGAGAGAUAGAGAGUAGGGGCACUAAAAGCAGGAUGUUUAUGGUUCUCAGACUGUAAA